CCUUUCUCUAAUCUUGUCUAAUGUCUACAAAUCUUACUACCAACUAGUGGCUUAUCAUCAUCAGUUUGUACCCCUAGAUGACAGCAAGAUAACGACACCGAUUUACUGUGCAAACAUGCAAUGAUUGUUAUCUGCCUAUGAUGAUAACGCACUGUCACGCAUAUGUCUCCAGUAGCCAAUUCCGAUAGAUGCACCCCUACACGGUCGAGCCUACUACCCUUCGAAUCCGAUCUGCUCCUCCAUCGGAGCGCUGAUUGGCGGUGACACUGAUUGCAUCCAGCAUAACCGGGUGCGUCGCGUCAAGGGCAACAGUUUCGGUACUGUUGAUGAGGUUAAAUUCAUCUCCACAUCGCCAAAAAGAUGUGCACGAAUACGCACGUACUGCUCGACAUAGCGGGAGAAUGAGAGUGAGAGUAGCGUGUGAUAACACUGAGUGGUACAUAAAUUUUCAUCAUAUGUUCGCUCGUUGUGUUUGUGUCUGAAGGGGGAGAAGGUGCAAUACACCUUCAUUUCUAUAUUUAGUGUACGUGUGUGAAGGUCUUAGUGAACUUGACCACAUCGUGCGGCAGCGUCAAUGCGAUGCGGACACAAUCGAUUUCAGUUUCCCCAAAUUCGUCGCUUUAAGUGGACGCAGUCGUGUUUGGUCCGCGAUGAGGAUUUCGUGGUUCAGUUUGGUUGGCUUCUUGCUGUCGCUGGGAGUUACUGUGAAUGGGGCCAAUAUACUCUGCCUGAUGGGAGUUGCCAGCCCAAGUCAUCAUAUCUGGAAUCGAGCUAUUAUGGACGGGCUAGCCCGCGCUGGGCACAAUCUAACCAUCCUGUCGGCGGAUGUGGAAAAGAACCAACCGAAUAACGUCCACUACGUGCAUCUGGAGGAAAUCUAUCCCACGCUGUACAGCGGUCCCGACUCGAUCGAUCUGAUGGAAAUGGCGAACGAAAAUGUGUUCAAAAGUGUCGUCUCCUUCUAUCGUGACUUUGUAGUGCAUGAAUGUGCUGGAACGCUGAAAUCGAAAGGUUUACAGCAGGUGAUGGACUAUCCGGACGAUUUUCGGUUCGAUCUGGUACUGCACGACUUCACCUGUGGACCGUGUUUGCUCGGUUUGCUGCACAAGUUCAACUAUCCGCCGUUGGUCAGCGUGACCGCGUUUAAUAAUCCACCUUACUCGACGGAGGUGAUCGGGGGACAUAAGUUUUAUUCGUACGUCCCGUUCUACUCGCUCAGCUACGGCACGGACAUGAAUUUCUUCCAGCGCGUUCACAACACGCUGCUUUGUCUAACGGAUGUGGUCUACCGAAACUAUGUUUCCAAUCCUCGAAUCGAUGCGAUGAUGCGAGAGUACUUCCGCUACGAUGAUCUUCCCUACGCUCCCGAGCUAAGCCAGCGAACGAAGUUGAUGCUGGUCAAUGCACACUACUCGAUAGAUUUUCCUGAGGCGGCUCCACCUAACCUAAUCCCGGUCGGUGGACUGCAGAUACGUGAGCCUGCUCCACUGCCCGCCGAUUUGGAGCAGUUCGUUAAUGCAAGCCACAAAGGAGCCGUGCUGUUCUCGCUCGGUACGAACGUGCGUAGUGAUCAGUUGGACAGUGGCCGGCAGCGUAUGAUAGUGGAAGCGCUCCGUCAGCUACCGGACUAUCACUUUCUGUGGAAGUUUGAAACGGAGCUCGGCAUUCCGCUGCCCAAAAAUGUGAUCGUGCGCCCAUGGAUGCCGCAGAAUGAUCUGCUGGCGCACCCAAAGCUGAAGGCUUUUAUAACGCACGCCGGGUUGCUGAGUACGCACGAGGCCACCUGGUAUGGGGUACCGAUCGUGGGUAUCCCUUUCAUAGCAGAUCAGCAUCGGAACCUUGAGCGCUGCGUUCGAUCGGGCAUUGCGAAGCGUGUCGCGUUUCAAACGAUGACUACCGAAGAGCUGCGGGACGCUAUUCGGGACGUGCUGGAGGAUCCACAGUAUCGCACCAACAUGGCGGCACAAUCGGCACUGUUUCGUGAUCAGCCGGAGAAACCGCUGGCAAGGGCUGUUUGGUGGAUCGAGUGGAUACUGCGCCAUCCAGAUGCGACGCAGCUACAGUCGCCGGUGCUGAAGUUGGGCUUUGUGAGAACGUACCUGCUGGAUGUUGCUCUCUUCUUCGCUGCUAUUCCUGUACUGCUUGUGUUCAUCGUUAAGCGAUGGUUGCGAAAGUCGCGAUCGGUCUCGGAGGGCAAGAAGAGGAACUGAUGACAUGUGGGUGUGGUUCCUCAGAUGUCAGCAUUUCAGUUUGUGAGUAAUUCUAACGGAUGUGCCAUAAAUGUUGAUUGUGGAAAUACUAAACCAGGUUCCCAAAGUAUUACAUUGUGGAGGGUUUCAGUCCCUCUUUUGAAAAUAAAUAUUCUGCCAUGUGCCUUUUUUAUGUUUUUA